AUGUAUUGUGAGAGAGAUUCUAGUAGCGGAAGCAGUACGCAAGAAGAUAAUAAUUAUUAUAAUAGGAAAUUUAGAAGUUUUUCAAGUUCAGAUGACGAUGUUUCUGUUGAUUCCCUUGUAAAUCAAGAUAAAAGCUCAUAUAAAUCAUCAAGUAGAGAUUCAGAUAAUGAUUCAGAAGAAAUUAUAUCUAUUCCAAAGAAACGGUCUAGGAAAUUGUCAAAUGAAACAUUGGAACUUUUAAAACAGGAGAAUCUUCUUCGUCGCAGUAGUAGGGCGCGAAAUAAUAAAAAACCUAAUAUGUAUUCUGAGAUUGAUAGUGGAGAAGAAAUUAAAACAAAAGAAUAUUUAAAAAAAAGGAGAAAUAAUUCUUUUGAUAGUGAAAAACUUUUAGAUGAUAGUGAUGGAAAUUCCAGUAUUAGUGGAUCUAGUGAUACUGAUUAUGAAAGAACUUCUAAACGAAAUUUAUCUAGAAAGCAUCACACAGUAAGGAAUUCCCAUGUAACAAGGCAAGCAGCUUUACCAAGUAAAAAACGGACUGUUAAUUAUAAAGAUGAUUCUGGAUCAGAUCUUCAUGAUAGCGAUGUUUUAGAAUGGGAAUAUGAAGAAGAAGAUAAUACUAGAGAUAACUCUACUACACUUCAAUUAGAUCCAAAUGCUGAAACUGUUGAAAAGGUUAUGAAUCAUAGAUACGGUAUAAAAGGUGCUACGGGAUCAGAAACUACUUGUUAUAAUGUAGAAGAAAAAGGUGAUCCUAAUUCAGCUGCGAAUACAGUUGAUAAAUCUGAAUUAGAAUUACAAUUUCUAAUAAAAUGGGUUUCAUGGAGUCAUAUACAUAAUACGUGGGAAUCUGAGGCUUCAUUAAAACAAUCAGGGGCUAAAGGGCUCAAAAAAGUUGAGAAUUAUAUUAAAAAACAAAAAGAAAUUGAUGAAUGGUUAGAAAAAGCUGAUAAAGAAUAUAUCGAAUAUUAUGAUUGUGAACAAGAGAUGAAUCGUGAAUUAUAUGAUCAAUACAGGCAUGUUGAACGUGUUAUUGCUCAUCAAGUUUCUAGAGAAAAAGAAGAACAAGGUAUAAAGGCAUAUGAAUAUCUUAUUAAAUGGUGUUCAUUGUCUUAUAGUGAAUGUUCCUGGGAAUCAGAAGAUUUAAUAAAAAGAUAUGCAUUGAAACAGGUUGAAGAAUAUCAUAAAAGAAUGGAUUCAACAAAAAUUCCAAGUAAAAGCUCAAAUGUUUUAAAAAAGCGACCAAAAUUUGUUAAACAGGAAGGUAUGUUAGAUUUUUUAAGAGAACCAGGAAAUACAGAACAAGAACUUCGUGAUUAUCAGUUAGAAGGUGUUAAUUGGAUGCUUCAUGCAUGGUGUAAAGGAAAUUCUUGUAUACUUGCAGAUGAAAUGGGAUUAGGUAAAACUAUACAAACAAUAAGUUUUACAUCUGUUCUUUUUCAUGUACAUCAACUAUAUGGACCAUUUUUAUUUAUUGUACCAUUAUCAACUAUGGGAGCCUGGUACGAUUCUUUUAUUCAUUGGGGUCAUGAUAUGAAUGUAGUUACAUAUAUGGGUGAUGUUACUUCAAGAGAAAUAAUUAGACAAUAUGAAUUAUUUGUACCUGGAACAAAAAAAUUACGUGUAAAUGGUGUUCUUACAACAUAUGAAAUAUUGUUAAAAGAUAAAAGUUUUCUUUCUACAUUUCAAUGGGCAUUACUUGCUGUUGAUGAAGCACAUCGUUUAAAAAAUGAUGAAAGUUUAUUGUAUACAUGUUUAAAUAAUUUUUCUACAAAUCAUAGAUUAUUAAUAACAGGUACACCUUUACAAAAUUCAUUAAAAGAAUUAUGGUCACUACUUCAUUUUAUAUCACCAAAUGAUUUUUAUUCUUGGCCUGAUUUUGAAACAGCUCACAAAAAUGUUGAUCAUCAAGGUAUAUCUAGUUUACAUAAAAAAUUGGAACCAUAUUUAUUAAGAAGAGUUAAAAAGGAUGUAGAAAAAUCAAUACCUCUUAAAGUAGAACAAAUUUUACGUGUUGAAAUGACACGAUCACAAAAACAAUUUUAUAAAUGGAUAUUAACAAAAAAUUAUAAAGAAUUAAGUAAAGGUGUAAAGGGAAGUUUUAGUGGAUUUGUAAAUUUAAUGAUGGAACUUAAAAAAUGUUGUAAUCAUUCUAGUUUAGUUAAAGAUUAUGAUUAUAUUGAAAAUGAUCCUAAAUUAAGACUUCAACAAUUAUUAAAAUGUUCAGGAAAGUUAAUUCUUCUUGAUAAACUUUUGUGUAGAUUAAAGGAAACAGGAAGUAGAGUAUUAAUUUUUUCUCAAAUGGUUAUGAUGUUAGAUAUAUUACAAGAAUAUUUAAAACUACGUAGGUUUCAAUGUCAACGUCUUGAUGGUUCAAUGAGAUCAGAUUUACGAAAACAAGCAUUAGAUCAUUUUAAUGCUCCAGGAUCUACUGAUUUUUGUUUUCUUCUUUCAACAAGAGCUGGUGGUUUAGGAAUAAAUCUUGCAACAGCUAAUACUGUUAUUAUUUUUGAUAGUGAUUGGAAUCCACAAAAUGAUCUACAGGCAAUGUGUAGAGCACAUCGUAUUGGACAAAAAAAACAAGUUAAUAUUUAUAGAUUAGUUUCAAAAGGUACUGUAGAGGAAGAGAUUGUUGAAAGAGCUAAACAAAAAUUAGUGUUGGAUCAUUUAGUUAUCCAAAGAAUGGAUACUACGGGUAAGACAAUUUUGUCAAAAAAUGCUGUAUCUGGUUCAAAUAAGAGUAUUCCUUUUGAUAAAAAUGAAUUAAAUGCUAUUUUAAAAUUUGGAGCAGCAGAAUUAUUUAAAGAAGAAAAUGAAGAUGGUGAGGAACCAGAAGUAGAUAUUGAUACAAUUUUACAAGGUGCUGAAACAAGAUUAUGUGAACAAGAAGCAAAAGAUAAUGAUUUAUUAAGUGCUUUCAAAUAUGCAAAUUUUGCCAUUGAUGAAGAAAAAGAUCUUGCUUUAGUUAAUGAACAAAGUCUUGAUUUUAAAGAUUGGAGUGAAAUUAUUCCUGAAGCAGAUAGAAAAGCAAUUGAAGCUGAAGAACAUAAAGAAAAUGUAAUUUCAGGUGUUAGACAAAGAAUAAAAAUACAUGAUACAAAAUUUUUCCUUGAUGAUGGUGAUAAAAAAAAAUAUUCCUCAGAUUCUGAAAGUGAUGAUGAUAGAAAACGUAAAAACUUUAAAAAACCUAAAGUUCUAUUAGGAUUUACAGAAGCAGAGGUUAAAAAAUUUGUUAAAAGUUUAAGAAAAUUUGGAAGACCACUUGAAAGAAUAUCUGGGAUAGCUGAAGAUGCUGAAUUAGAAGAUCACAGUCAAAUUGAGAUAACUGAGCUUGCUAAAGAAAUCUUACGUUUGUGUAAUGAAAUAACAAUGAAUCAUUCAAAAUCUUCUUCAGAUAAUGGAUCUUCACUUAAAAAGAAAAAUGAUAAGGAGGUACUAAAAAUUGCAAAUCUUGAAAUUCCAGUUAGACCAUUACUUAAAUCUCUUGCUGAUCUUGAAAUUCUUCAUGUUGCUAUUAAUCAUCAUUUAUCUUUAGGUGGUAUAUUUGAAGAAUUUAAAAUAUGUGGAAAAUUAAAAUCACAGGUUAGUUGGGAUGUUCCAUGGAAUCAUUCUGACGAUAAUGCUUUAAUACGAGGUGUAUAUAAACAUGGAAUGGGUAAUUGGGAUGCUAUUAAAAUGGAUCCUGAUCUUGGGUUAACUGAAAAAAUUUAUUUAAAAGAUAAAAUUAAAAAACCUCAACCAAAGCAUUUACAUGCGCGUGCUGAAGCAAUUUUAAAACAUAUUAAUAGGGUUGAUAAUGAAAAAACACAUCACAAAAAAGUUGUAAAUUCAACUUCAACAUCUGGUAGUACAAAUUUUAAUCAAAAAAUUAAAAAACAUGGUAAUCACGAUGAAAGUAAAAGUUCUAAACAUACUAAACAUGAAAAACAUCAUGAUCAAAAAGCAUAUUUAAAAUCAUCAAAAAAUAUGGCUAUUAAGUAUGAAUUAGAUAAUGAUAAAUAUUCACAUGAUUUAAUUGAUAAAAAAGGAAAAGCUUUCACAAAAUGUGUUGAAAUUUUGAAACCCGUUAGCAAAUAUAUAACAAAAUUAUUAAAAUCAAAAGAUGAUGAGGAAGAUAAAGGUUUAAAAUAUCUCCUGAAAUUAGGUGAUCAUAUAACGGGUGCAAUAAAAAAUUUUGAAGAAUCAAAAAAAAGUCAAGAAUAUAUUGAGAAAUGGUUUAAUUAUUUGUGGAUCUUUUUAUCCUCAUUUAUACCAGGUUCUGAUUCUUCAUCACUUUAUCUAAAAUAUUUAUCACUUUCUUCAAAUUCAGUAAUCUCAGGUCAUCAUAAAGCAUCUCAUCAUCAUUAUCAUAGUCAUGAUAAAGACAAAAAAGAUCAUGAUAAUUCACUUGGAAGCAAACGACCACAUUCUAAAGUCAUUUAUUACAAAAAAAAAAACUGA